AUGACAUGUGGUGCCGGCGGCAAGGACGACAUUCAAGCCCGCACCGAGCAAAUUGAGGCAAUCAUGGAGAACACUUCCUCCCAAUACGAGAAGGACAAGCUGAAGGAACGUUUGGCAAAGUUGUCCGGCGGGGUCGCUGUCAUCAAGGUCGGCGGCGCUUCAGAGGUAGAGGUGGGGGAGAUCAAGGACAGACUGGAUGAUGCUUUGUGUGCGACACGUGCGGCUGUUUCAGAAGGUAUUGUGCCAGGAGGAGGGUCUGCGCUUCUCUACUGCUCUCAGAAGCUGGAGGCACUGGACCUUGGAAACUUUGACCAGAAUGUGGGCAAGGACAUUGUGAAGCAGGCGCUGAAGGUGCCUAUCAUGGCCAUCACGCAGAAUGCGGGCAAGGAAGGUUCAGUGAUCGUGGAAUACUUGCUCAAGAAGGGCGACAGCAAACUUGGGUACAAUGCCCAGACCCAUGAAUAUGUGGACAUGAUUGGCAGCGGCAUCAUUGACCCGACUCUGGUAGUCAGAAGUGCGCUUGCUGAUGCUGCCUCCGUUGCAUCAUUGAUGACGACGACAGAAUGCGUGGUCACAGAGAUCCCAGAGGAGAAAAGCAAUGCCGGCGGAGGCAUGGACGGCAUGGGCGGCAUGGGCGGCAUGGGCGGCAUGGGUGGAAUGGGCGGCAUGGGCGGCAUGGGCAUGGGCCUUUGA